AAAUAAAACAGGUAGUUUUCCUUUAUAUCUAUGCGGAGUGUUUCACGAGCCAUUGUGUUGGCGACUCGCAUGAAGCAGCGAUGCCUCUCCCUUCUCCAAUCUUGCUCCUCCAUGGCGCAGCUCCGCCAAAUCCACGCCCGGCUCCUCUCCUCCGGGCUCGCUUCCGACCGCUUCCUCGCCAGCGAGUUACUCCGUUUCUGCGCCCUCUCCCCCCUCGGUGACCUCCUCUACGCCCGCUCCCUCCUUCUCUCCCUCCCCGAUCCUUCUUCCUCCUCCUGGAACCACCUCAUCCGCGCCUUCACCGACCGCAAUCUCCCCUACGAAUCCAUCCUCCACUUCCUCCUCAUGCGCCGCGGCGGCGGCGGCGGCGGCGCCACACCUAACGAGCUCACCUUCCCCUUUGUCCUCAAAUCCUGCACUCGCCUCGCUGCUCUCCGACUUGGCAUCCAAACCCACGCUGACGCCGCGAAGCGGGGCGUCGACGCCGUUGUCUACGUCCAGAACGCCCUCGUCAGCCUCUACAGUUCCUGCAGCCGGAUAGACGAGGCGCGGCAGUUGUUCGAGGAAAUGUCGCUCUGGACGGUGGUCUCGUGGAACACCAUUCUUACAGCCCACGCCGAAAAUUCCAUGGCGGAGGAAUGCGCCGGCAUCUUCGAUCGGAUGAGGCGGUGUGGGUUCGAUGCGGAUCAGACCACCUACGUCAUCUUGCUCUCCGCCUCGGCGGAGCUUGGGAGCUUGAGCUACGGGAGAUGGCUCCACGGCCGCAUCGCUGGGAGCGGAUUAGCCACUAAUGUUCAGCUGGGAACCGCCAUCGUGAACAUGUACGCCAAAUGUGGAGCCCUGAAAUGCGCCGGCCAGGUGUUCGACAGAAUGCCGCUGAGGAAUGUGUGGACUUGGAGUGCCAUGAUUCUGGGGCUAGCCCAGCACGGUUUGGCUCGCAAUGCCAUCGAGCUGUUCGACGAAAUGAAGCAUGCUUUCGUCGAGCCCAACUACGUCACAUUUCUAGGAGUGAUCUCUGCUUGUAGCCAUGCCGGCUUAGUCGAUGUCGGCCUCAGGCUUUUCCACGAGAUGAUCGAGCAGCAUGGGAUCAAACCAAGGAUGUCACAUUGCAGUGCCAUGGUCGAUUUGCUGGGCCGCAACGGCCACCUACAGGAGGCUUACGACUUCGUACAGCGAAUGCCCAUAGAGCCUGAUGCUGUAGUUUGGAGGACACUGCUGAGUACUUGCCAGUUGCAUCCAGAGAAAGACGAAACCGGUAUCGGUCAAGAGGCGAAGCGAAGAUUGCUAGAGUUGGAACCUAGAAGAGUCGGGAACUACAUAAUGGCAGCGAAUAUGUACUCGGACCAGGGGUCGUGGGAUGAGGCUGCGAAGGUUAGGAGGAGGAUGAGGGAGGAAGGUUUGAGGAAGGCACCCGGGGAGAGCUGCAUAGAAGUGGGCGGAGGGAUGCAUAGAUUCAUCUCAGGAGACAAUUAUUGUAGUAAUGGUUACAAGAGUAUUUUGAUCAUACUGAAUGCACUAAAGUUGAACAUGAAAGAGCGAUAUGAAAUCUCUAUGGAUUCGACAUGAACAUGAAGUGUCAGUUUGAGGGAAUACUGGUAACCUGUUCAGGGAGAAGCAAGCCAUGACCUUUCGCCGCCGCCGACGGCGGAGGUGGACGGAAGAGGAGCGGCAAGACCAUUGCGAGGGGAUUAGGAAGGCGACGAGAUGGGAAGGGGAGAGACGAUAGGCAGAGUGGGGGAUGGAAUGAGGCCACGUGUUGGGUGAUGAUUGGACAGAUCAGUAACUUAUUUACAUAUAAUAAAACUAAAUUUGUAUUUGUAUUUAUGUAAUUUAGUACAGAAUUCAAAAUUCAGGGCAA